GUCGGAUAGGGAUGGAUGUGGCGUCGUGAGGAGGCACCGGCCUGCGGAUAAUCACAGUUUGGACUUUUUUCGCUCACCACGCGGCUCGAGUCUCUCCCUCAUGCAGCUCCUCCGGCUGGCCUGGGCUCUGACUGCUGCUGCGGUCUGCUUUCUGCUGCUCCUGCUCAUCCACAGCCAGAUCCUGAGAGAAGGUCAGCUGGUGGCAGGGACCUGUGAGAUCGUCACUCUGGACCGGGACAGCAGCCAGCCCAGGAGGACCAUCGCCCGGCAGACGGCCCGCUGCGCCUGCAGGAAGGGACAGAUCGCCGGGACGACACGAGCCAGACCGGCCUGUGUCGACGUCCGUAUCGUCAGGACUCGGCAGUGGUGUGAGAUGUCUCCAUGUUUGGAUGAUGAAGGUUGCAAUCUCCUGGUCAACCAGUCAGGCUGGACCUGCACACAACCAGGAGGCCGUGUCAAGACCACCACGGUCUCCUGACAGUGGCGGCGAAGACAGACGCUCACCAGAGAAAGACUGGUUCCCAUCGCCCAUCGCCCAUCAUCGCCAGGCAGACCAUCUGCUGCUGCUGCUGCAGCUGCUGAAGACCAAUCAUCAGCCGCCAUCGGGGCUGCAGGCGAGGCAUUGGCAGCCCCUGCUUUAUGUUUGGGUGAACUGUGGAAACUGCUGCCUGAAGUUCUUCUUCGUGGGAGGAAAGUGACUGCUUAUUUUCCAGGAGAUUUAAAAAGAGGAUUAUGGUGCACAAAACUCUGUUUAAUUUUUACAGACCAAAGAUGAACAGAGCUGACGAUAAUAUGUUUUUAGAGGGGAAAGACUGUCAGAACCCCUCUAAACAGACACACACACACA